CAUUUCCAAUACAAUCGUUUUCUGCAGCAGAAACACAACACUAAAGCUAUGAAAAUGAAACAGUUCAAUCUCUUAUCCUUGUUCCUCAUCCUCAUUAAUUCCUUUGGUUCAGCCAAUUCAACCAUUGUCUCUCAUGAUGAACGUGCUAUCACCAUCGAUGGGCAACGCCGAAUCCUUCUUUCAGGCUCCAUUCACUAUCCACGAAGCACUUCUGAUAUGUGGCCUGAUCUCAUCAGCAAAGCCAAAGAUGGUGGGUUAGAUACCAUUGAGACCUAUGUUUUUUGGAACGCACAUGAACCGUCACGUAGGCAAUAUGAUUUCUCAGGAAAUCUUGAUCUUGUCCGCUUCAUCAAAACCAUCCAAGGCGCGGGUCUAUACUCUGUUCUUCGUAUUGGACCUUAUGUUUGCGCAGAAUGGAACUACGGAGGCUUCCCCGUGUGGCUGCACAAUAUGCCUGACAUGAAAUUCCGAACAAUUAACCCCGGUUUCAUGAAUGAAAUGCAAAAUUUCACUACGAAAAUCGUAAACAUGAUGAAGGAAGAGAGCCUCUUUGCUUCACAAGGAGGUCCAAUCAUCCUAGCUCAGAUCGAGAAUGAGUAUGGGAACGUGAUCUCAUCCUAUGGAGCGGAGGGUAAAGCCUACAUUGAUUGGUGUGCCAACAUGGCUAACUCUCUAGACAUCGGUGUUCCAUGGAUUAUGUGCCAACAACCCCAUGCUCCUCAGCCUAUGAUCGAGACAUGCAAUGGAUUUUACUGUGACCAGUACAAACCAAGCAACCCGAGCAGCCCAAAGAUGUGGACAGAGAAUUGGACUGGCUGGUUCAAAAACUGGGGAGGCAAACAUCCUUAUAGAACCGCUGAAGAUCUUGCUUUUUCCGUUGCUAGGUUUUUUCAAACGGGAGGAACUUUCCAAAACUAUUACAUGUACCAUGGUGGUACUAACUUUGGAAGAGUUGCAGGAGGUCCAUACAUCACCACUUCAUAUGAUUACGAUGCUCCUCUUGAUGAAUAUGGUAACUUGAACCAACCGAAAUGGGGUCACUUGAAACAGCUACACACGUUGUUGAAAUCCAUGGAGAAGCCUUUAACUUACGGAAAUAUCUCAACAAUCGAUCUUGGCAAUUCCGUCACGGCUACGGUUUACUCAACAAACGAAAAAUCAAGCUGCUUCAUCGGUAAUGUGAACGCAACUGCGGAUGCUUUGGUCAACUUCAAAGGGAAAGACUACAAUGUACCGGCUUGGUCCGUGAGUGUUCUUCCUGACUGCGAUAAAGAGGCUUAUAACACUGCAAGAGUGAAUACUCAGACAUCGAUCAUUACCGAAGACUCUUGUGAUGAGCCUGAGAAGCUGAAAUGGACAUGGAGGCCCGAGUUUACUACUCAGAAGACCAUUCUCAAAGGCAGUGGAGACCUCAUUGCCAAGGGUCUUGUAGACCAAAAAGACGUUACAAAUGAUGCUAGUGACUAUCUUUGGUACAUGACUAGGGUUCAUCUCGACAAGAAAGAUCCAAUUUGGAGCAGAAACAUGUCGCUAAGGGUUCAUAGCAACGCUCAUGUUCUUCAUGCUUACGUCAAUGGAAAAUACGUAGGUAACGAAAUCGUGAGGGACAACAAAUUCGAUUACAGAUUUGAGAAGAAGGUGAACCUCGUUCACGGGACUAAUCACCUUGCACUUCUCAGUGUUUCAGUUGGACUACAGAAUUAUGGACCUUUCUUUGAGAGUGGUCCAACUGGAAUCAACGGUCCUGUGAAAUUAGUCGGAUACAAAGGAGAUGAAACGAUCGAGAAAGAUCUAUCGAAGCAUCAAUGGGACUACAAGAUUGGUUUGAAUGGAUUCAACCACAAACUUUUCAGCAUGAAAUCCGCUGGUCACCACCACCGUAAAUGGUCAACCGAAAAGCUACCAGCUGAUCGAAUGUUGUCAUGGUACAAGGCAAAUUUUAAGGCUCCUCUAGGUAAAGAUCCAGUGAUUGUCGACUUGAAUGGUCUUGGGAAAGGGGAGGUUUGGAUCAAUGGUCAGAGCAUCGGACGCUAUUGGCCAAGCUUUAACUCUAGUGACGAGGGCUGCACCGAGGAAUGUGACUACCGUGGGGAGUAUGGUAGCGACAAAUGUGCUUUCAUGUGCGGCAAACCAACUCAGAGAUGGUACCAUGUUCCAAGAUCGUUCUUGAAUGACAAGGGACACAACACUAUCACACUAUUCGAAGAGAUGGGUGGUGAUCCCUCAAUGGUGAAGUUCAAGACGGUUGUUACCGGAAGAGUUUGUGCCAAGGCUCAUGAGCACAAUAAAGUGGAGUUGUCUUGCAACAACCGGCCAAUCUCAGCCGUCAAAUUCGCGAGCUUUGGAAAUCCGUCUGGCCAGUGUGGGUCAUUCGCUGCUGGUUCUUGCGAAGGAGCCAAGGAUGCUGUGAAGGUCGUGGCUAAAGAAUGUGUUGGAAAGCUCAACUGCACUAUGAAUGUGUCUUCCCACAAGUUUGGAUCUAAUUUGGACUGUGGAGAUUCACCUAAGCGAUUGUUUGUGGAAGUUGAGUGCUAGAUUAGAUCUUUAUCUCUAGGCUAUCUAGCUAGUGAUUGCAAUAAUUCUCUUAAAUAAUUUAGAUAGCUCUUCUGGUUAAAUAAUGUUUCUUGUUUUUUUUUUGUUCCAUCAUAAUUUUUUAGAUGGAUCGGAUGUAGGGUUGUGGAAAUAAAUAUUAAGAUCAAAUAAAAACUCUCUCUUAAAUAUUUUUCC